AUGCUCAAACCAAGAUACAUUUGCAAUGGGGGCAAAGGAGGUGCUCAAAUAUUACAGCCACAGGAGCCUAGAUCAAUAGAAUUUGUAGCAGCAAGAGGUGCUAAGGGCUUGAGUAAGGGACACAGACCUGAACGAUCUUCAUUCCCAGGUGCCUGUUUAAGGGGGAAAGUCGCACUGACACCGCUGAACAGCCCCCCCACCCCCAUAGCCGCCGUGGGAAGGGAAAUACGUGGUAACCGCUACAUGACGGGUGGAGAGACAACAGUCCCGCGGCUGAUUGGCAACAAGAUGAAGGAAGAGAGGCCACAAGCAACUAGAGAUCCUGCUCUCAGCCUACAGUGCAUUCGAGAUCAGAAGAUUCCAAUUGCUCUGGGUGUCAUCAUCGCAGUGCUGGUCUCCGUUAUAAUUGCACUGGCCGUGAGAGCCCCCCAAGCUUGCCCGCCCCCCAUUGACGCCGCGUGCCCGGAUGACUGGAUCGGAAACCGAGGCAAAUGCUACUUCUUCUCCAAGAUGGAAGGGAACUGGACAUCCAGUCAAAGCAAAUGCUCUUCACUCAGCGCCUCCCUGGCUGUGAUUGACUCCCCGCAGGACCUGGAUUUCAUGCUGCGCUAUAAAGGGCCCCCUCACCACUGGAUUGGCCUAUGGAAGGAGCUGAACCAGCCCUGGAAAUGGCCCAAUGGAACCGAAUUCAACAACAUGUUUCCAGUGAGAGGGGAAGGGCAGUGCGCUUUCCUGGAUGACAUUGGUGUCAGCAGCUCCAGAUGCUACUCGGAAAGAGGUUUCAUCUGCAGCCGGCCAGACGAUUGCACUAGAAGGAAGCCAAGCGCCGCCAGAGGGGACACUGUCUAAGCUUAAGGAACCGCUGCAAACUCUUCAGUGAUCGCAGAACUUGCACAAUGGUCAUUUUUAGGGGGCAUCCUACCUCUGCAGCCAUGGCUUUGCGCAGAUGCCUGCAGAAAUCCCAGUGACAAACACUAACCUCCUGUAAGAUUACUCCGUUACCACGCUGGGUUUUAAACCCUUUUUGUUUUUAGAAAAGGUGAACGUUGGGAUCCCCUUGAUAUAAUUCUGUGACCUUCAUAACGAACUCAGAUUCUGCAGAAUCCCCGCUUUUUUUUUUUUUUUUAAGUGUAAGUUUCUAGCCUUUGUGGUUUCGAAGAGAACUGUUCUAAUAC